AUGGAGGCAGAAUCAGCAUCAGUGGGCUCCAUACCCAUACACGUACAGCUCGAACAACUGGCAAAAAACCUCUCGACUGCUGCUCGCACGCUGGCCCUGCAGGCGGAAAAGCAGAAGCUGUCAUUAUCAUCGAAGAACGCAGGCGAUCAGCUUGGUAACGACGUGAACAAUGUGGAGCUACUCAACGCUCGACGCGAUGUGCUCUCGCAAGCAAGAGGCAUUUGCACGCUGUUGAGUACCCCGGCCGACUUUCUCGAAAGGCUUGCCAUGAACACUCAGCUUCUGGGAUGUCUCCAGUGGUUGUGCGAGAGUCAAGUCCUGGCAACGAUUCCCCGCGAAACGUCGGUACCAUUUGGCGACAUCGCCGCCAUUACCGGCGUCCCAGAAGCACAUUUAUGCCGCGUGGCUCGAACGAUGAUGACAGUCGGCUUUCUGCACGAGCCAGUGCCAUGUCAAGUUGCGCAUACUGCACUUUCAGCGUCCUUCGUCAUCAAGCCAUCGCUCUUGGAUGCCGCACUAUUCCUGUCGGAUACUGCUGUGCCGGCCUCACUGAAGAUGGUCACUGCUUCGAAGCAGUUCGCAGACGUGCAAGAUGCACAGCAUACCGCAUUCAACUUGGCAAUGAGUACGCCACACUCAUUUGCCAAAUCUUGCGAGCAAGAGAGACGUCUCUCACGACGUGCGCAGACAUACUUCCGCUACUGCAUGGGCGAUGACGAUGCUGGAGUGAGAGAAGUGCUGGGGCAGCUCGACUGGUCCUCGCUCGGAAAUGCCACAAUCGUGGACGCCGGGGCUCCCACUUCCAUGGUUGCUUCCAGCUUGGCCAUCGAUUCGCCGCAGCUGAACAUCAUCGUUCAGCCGUCGGAGGAAGAUCCCGCAUUGCUGAUGCUCGGACAGCAUGGACGCAAGCCGUCGCUCGGUGCCUGUUCCACGGUCCGGGACAAUCCCCAGCACGUCAAGCAGCGGCUGAGCAUCCAGCCACGCGCGAUGGGGGCGGUGCAGACCAUCGGCAGUGCCUCUGUCUACAUUCUGCGUUGCCCUGCCCUAUCGCCAGUGCUCGAUUGGAAGACGUGGCAGCAGCGAGUCCAUGCCGAAUUGCGAGCGCACAUCAACGUCCUUCGCACCAACGCUGCGUGUAGGCUGCUGCUAGUGGCUAGAGCAUUGCCCUCGCAGGCGGAUAUGCCCAAUGCCGACGUCGAAGGCUGCGCACGCCUCCGGGACUUGUCGCUCCUCCAGCUCUCCAAUUCGAGCGAGCUGGACAGAGGCACGCUGCGCGCCUUCAUCCAUAGUCUGCGCCAGGGCUCCGGCGGCAGUCUGCUAUUGGUGCAGGAAUACAGGUCGCCAGCUAGUCCGUUCGUGGCUUUCGAGAUGCGAUACGAGGCGCCGACAGCUGCUGAUGUCGAGCGACGUGAAGUCAUGGGCGGCAAGAGCAGGCAGGGGAGCGUCGCCAAUGGCCCGCCUUUCGCCCCACCUGCCGCUCAAAUGGUGGGGUUUGUUCGCUAG